AUGUCUGGCCAAAUAUUGGUUGAGCUCACCGAGGAGGAGUUCCAUGCUCUAGCGGAUUGUGGAAUCGGAGGAAGCUUAGUCGGGGCUCUGAAGUUCGAGCUUGCAACCCGAGGGUAUGCCCCACGAUUCCACCAGCGACUCUUGCAGAGCAGUGUGGAGGUGCACGAUGAUGAGUCUCUGAUUUUCCCGUCAGAUGUGGACUUGGUGAUUUUAAGCCUUUGGCCUCCCGACACAGCACGAGACGCAGACUUCCUCCGUGCGUGCGGGGAGGGCCUUGCGGAAGAAGUGGAGCGAUUUCUGAGGCUUCCGCAGGAUCCCAAUGCUGCAGAUGAAGAAGGAAGCGGAGCUUUGCAUAGAGCUGCUUUGAAUGGCCACCUGGAUGUGGCGAGUUUGUUGCUACAGGCUUACGCCAGUUGUGAAGAGGGUACCGUGGCUGAUGGCCAAACUCCUUUGCACUUGGCAGCUUAUCGUGGCCACACGGAGUUGGUGAACAUGUUGCUGAAAGCUCGGGCCUCACCGAACAAGGCCAUGACGGACAAUGGCACAGCUCCCUUGCAUUCAGCUGCUCAACAUGGUCGAUUGGAAGUUGUUCGCUCCUUGCUGACAGCCAGAGCCGAUUGCAAUCCAGAGACUACUGACGAUUAUGCAACGCCCAUGCUUUUAGCAUCACAAUACGGCUACGUGGAAGUUGUUCGAGUGUUGCUAGAAGCUCGUGUAAGCUGUGAGCAGGGGGCCUGUGCAAGAAGUCCGUUGUACUGCGCGGCUCAUCAGGGUUGCAGGGAGGUGGUCUCCUGCUUGCUCGAGGCUCGAGCCUCGUGCAAUCACGCCUCGCAGAUGGAUGGCUCAACUCCAUUGCACGCAGCUGCUUUUGAAGGACACUUACAAGCAGUAAAUUUGCUGCUGGAGGCCAGGGCUUCCAUUAACCAUGCUUGCCAUUCCGGAUUCUCUCCCCUCAUGCGGGCAACUCAGUCUGGCCACGUUGAAGUGGCUCGCGCAGUGCUUCAGGCUGCAGGUGUCUGUGAUCAGCCGGGGCCCAACAAUGCAACUCCUUUGUAUUGGGCAGCUUGCGAAGGACACUUGGAACUGGUGCACCUUCUUCUAGACGCGAGGGCUUGCUGUGGUGUGGCCGAAGCACAACACGGUACAACUGCUUUGCAUGCGGCAGUCUCGAAGGGCAACCUUGAGGUGGCCAAGGCUUUGUUGGAUGCUGGAGCCUCUGCUGACGCGUCUUUGCAGGGUGGCGAUGGCAUCACCCCUUUGCACCUGGCAGUUGCGAGAAAUCUUGUUGAAGCAGUCCGGCUUUUGCUGGAUGCGGGAGCCACUGUUAACAAGGAAAACUCGAAGGGGCACACCCCCUUGCAUCUGGCAGCUUUCUUUGACGGAGUGGAUGUGGCCCGCAUUUUGAUGCAGGCCGGAGCCAAAUUGGAUCAAGCAACAUGUCUGGGGGUGGCUGCGUUGCACCAUGCUGCGAAGACAUUGGGUCAUGGUUGCAGAACAUCUUUAUCUGAUCUGUUUGGGAGUAUUUAG